AUGAGUUCGUGCAGCAGCCGAGCGCUCACCAUCCUGUCCACGGUGUUCGGGGCCUGCGGGCUGCUGCUGGUGGGCGUGGCCGUGUCCACCGACUACUGGCUCAUCAUGGUGGAGGGCAUCAUCCUGCAGCAGAACCAGAGCAUGGAGGUGAAGAUGGCGCUGCACUCGGGCCUGUGGAGGGUCUGCUUCGUGGCCGGAUCGGAAAACGGGAAGUGCGUCGCGUCGGAGUACUUCACCGAACCCGACAUCGAGAUCACGACUGAGAACACGGCCAACAUCCUGAAGAUGGUGCGCACCGCCACGCCCUUCCCCAUGGUGUCGCUGCUCUUCGUCUUCACCGCCUUCGUCAUCAGCAACAUCGGGCACAUCCGGCCGCAGCGCACCAUCCUGGCCUUCGUCUCCGGCAUCUUCUUCAUCCUCUCAGGCCUCAGCCUGGUGGUGGGCCUGGUGCUCUACAUCUCCAGCAUCAACGACGAGGUGAUGAACCGGCCCAGGGAGCCCGAGCAGUUCUUCAACUACCACUACGGCUGGUCCUUCGCCUUCGCCGCCUCCUCCUUCCUGCUCAAAGAGGGGGCAGGUGUGAUGUCCGUCUACCUGUUCAUGAAGCGCUACGCCGAGGAGGAGAUGUACCGCCCCCACCCGGCGCUCUACCGCCCCCGGCUGUCCGAGAGCAGCGACUACAGCGGCCAGUUCCUGCACCCGGAGUCGUCCUGGCCGCCGCCGAAGCGAGGACGCAGCACGUCCGAGGCGUCCAGCGACAUCUCCAUCCAGCUCAACCAGACGCCGCCGCCGCCGCCGCCGCCCAAGGCCGGCCUGCAGCCGGGCGGCCCGGGCAGCCCGCCCUCCGCCUCCUCCUCCGCCGGCAGCUACCAGCAGGCCGCCGGCUACCCCUCCACCCACACCCUGCCCCGCUCACACCCCUCCCACCCCCAGGGCCAGGCGCUGCCCAUGACCAUGCCCCCGUCCCCCGUACCGCCGCCCCACUACCACACGCACAUGCACAUGAGCGCCUCCCCCUGUUAG